AUGAGACUACCUCAGUCGCUCUUCCUGCUGGCUGUGGCCGGGUCAUCUGCCCGAGCUAGCAGUGACAAGGCUGCCCGCCCCCGUGGUGUUGCCCCGGAAUUUGCCAAAUUCUACCAGGACACGACAACAUUCACCUGUAUCUCCAAUCCCGCCGUCCAGAUCCCAUUCUCAGCCGUCAACGAUGACUUCUGUGAUUGUCCCGACGGCAGUGACGAGCCUGGUACCGCUGCCUGCUCGCACCUCUCGCGCAAUUCACCACUGACGGUGGCCGAUCGUCCUGGACACAGUGACCUGGAGCUGACACUCGCGCUUCCUGGAUUCUACUGCAAGAACAAGGGUCACCGGCCGUCAUACGUGCCUUUCCAGCGUGUCAACGAUGGAAUCUGUGAUUACGAGCUAUGCUGUGAUGGAAGUGACGAGUGGGCGCAUCCCGGAGGCACCAAGUGCGAAAACCGAUGCAAGGAAAUUGGCAAGAAAUGGCGCAAAGAGGAGGAGACCAAGCAGAAGUCUAUGAUUGCAGCUUUGAAAAAGAAGAAGCAGCUUCUUGUGGAAGCCAAUAGACAGCAGCUAGACAUUGAGAAUAAUGUUGCCCGGCUGGAGGCUGAGAUCCAGGGCGCGGAGAUUAAGAUCCAGGGCCUUGAGGCCGAUUUGAAGGUCGUUGAAGAACAGGAGCGCAAAGUUGUUCGGACCAAGGGCAAGGGCAAGGUCAAUGCUCUUGCCGGUGUUGCAAAGGCUCGCGUGCAGGAACUCCGUGAGAGUAUUCUGGAACUCCGUCAGCAGAGAGAUGAAGCCCGCGAGCGCAUGAAGGAGCUCGAGGAGAUCUUGUCCAAGUUCAAGAUUGAAUACAACCCCAACUUCAACGAUGAGGGUGUUAAGCGCGCUGUUCGCAGCUGGGAAGACUAUGCCGCUCGGGACCUUGGGGAUGUUAUCAAUGAUGCCCAGGAGCGUGACUUGGAUGAGAUAGUCAAGGCCGAUGACAAGGACUCUGGUGUCGACUGGGAGCACUGGGAGAACGAAGAAGACGGCUGUGCCGAUUCUGACCUAGUCUACAAGCUCGCAGCCUACCUACCGCCGUCUCUGGUCAACUUCAUUGAGGACAAGGUUCUUUCUGCGAAGGCCUUCCUGGAAGAGAAUGGAAUCCUGGCCAAGCCUAACAGCGAAUCCACCACCGAAUCUAAAGCUGUUACUGAGGCUCGCGAUGCUCUUAAGUCUGCCCAAGAUUCUCUAAACAACCUCAAGAACAAAAUCCGUGACCAAAGGGCCGAUCUUGAAAAGGACUACGGCACCGCAGGCAUCUUCCGUGCUCUAAAGGGUCAAUGCAUUGAAAAGGAUGCCGGUGAAUACAAAUACGAGCACUGCUUCUUGGACUCAACCAAGCAGAUUGCGAAGAAGGGUGGCUCGGUCACUUCCAUGGGCAAGUUCACUCGGAUCGGAUAUACCACCGUUGAGGAGCUCAACGAAGCCGGGGAUGUCAUUACGGUGGAGAAGGUUGCGUUGGAAUAUGAGCGUGGUCAGUCCUGCUGGAACGGUCCCAACCGGUCGACCAAGGUCGUCUUGGAAUGUGGUGAGCAAAAUGAAAUCAUUAAGACGGCCGAGGACGAGAAAUGUGUUUACUCCAUGCUUGUUACCACUCCGGCUGUCUGUCUUGGAGGCGAGGAUGAGCCUCGCUCCAAGGAUGAGCUGUAA